GGUAGCUAUUCGGCAACGGAGGACAUGGAGUAGGCUUGCAUAUCGCCCCGUGCCCCAGUCGUGCCGCCGCCUGAGGGGCCCAAAAACUUCGCCGCAGCGAACCCGCCAUCGAAACCAUAUUUCUUUCCUUUCUGCUGCAGAGCAAACGUGAUUGGUAGUUCCAGACUCUCACAACAGUCGCGUGGCAAUGGAAGUAGAGAACCGAUACCCUUUAGGGUUUCCGUACUGGAUUCCAGUUCGUCGGCUUUUCGGUCCCGACUCUCCCUUUUUCGCUUCUGGCAAUGUCGAGCGAGAGCUUCUAGCCAAACAGGUCACACUGGAAAUAACUGAGGAUGAAAAGCAACAGCUUCAAAAUAUGGACGAUGAGGAAAACAGGGAAAUAUUUUGCCCUGUUGUUGGUUGUGGUGCUCGCUUGAGUUCUUUGUAUGGCUUUGAGGAUCAUUACAAUGCACGGCACACUGCCUCUUGCUCAGUUUGUUCUAGAGUGUUCCCCACAUCUCGCCUGCUUGGUAUACAUGUGUCUGAAGUACAUGAUUCGUUCUUUCAAGCAAAAGUUGCCCGUGGUUUUGCAAUGUAUGAAUGCCUGGUUGAAGGCUGUGGUACGAAGCUGAAGAGUUACAAAAGUCGACAGCAGCAUCUUGUAGAUAAGCAUAGGUUCCCUGCUUCAUUUGAAUUCUUUAAGAAGGCCCACCCAUCAAAGAAACAGAGGCAGAAGUACCAACACAAGCAAUGGGUUCACAAGAGGGAGGAGGCUUCAAGUGCAAUGCAAGUAGAAGAAGCAACCAUUGACGGCCUAGUUUCAGCAGUCUCUAACUUGAGCACAUCGGAUAAUUCUCCAUCCUCCGUCAGCUUUGGCCGGCGUCACACUCGCGGCUUGACUUUUGUCCCCCGAGCCGUUCAGCGUGACAGAAAGGCAGAAACGAAGAGAUAGCAUAGCCAGCAUGCUUUAAGAAAUCCUGGGGGCAUCUCUUUGCAAGUCAGGUUACGCCCAAAGCCAUCCAGCAGCAUUCAGAUGCAUCAUUCUACCAUGUCAAUGUGCACUUUCACGGUGCUGAUAUUGGCUUGAGGGG